ACCAUCCUUCAUUUCUGACGUGCGUCUGCACUGUUCGGGCAAGGCAGAAUGGCGGCUGCAGGCUUGACAGAAGAGUUGACCUGUGCGGUGUGUCUGGGCUUGUACCAGGACCCUGUGGCACUGCCCUGCCAGCACAGUUUCUGUGCCAAAUGUAUCGGUGAUGCCUGGGACCAUUCGCAGUCCAGAUCUGGGGUCAACUGUCCUCAAUGUCGCAGAAAAUUCAAGCGUAGGCCCAACCUGGUGAAGAACCACAUUCUGCAGAACAUCGUGGAGAAAUACAGCCGGAGCCACUCCACUGCCCCUGCUGCCCAGCCCAGUCCCGUGAUGUGUGAGUACUGUAUCGACAGCCCAUCCCCGGCUGUGAAGACGUGCCUCAAAUGUGAAACCUCCUUCUGCUCCCGCCAUCUGCAGCCGCAUCUGACCAAGGAGGUCUACAAGGACCAUGUGCUGAUCGAGCCCAUUGCCGACUUCACCACCAGGAAGUGCCCAACUCAUAAGAAGGUCAUUGAGUUCUACUGCGAGCAGGACAAGGAGUGCGUGUGCAUGUCCUGCACUGUCAUCGGGAAACACAAAUCCCACUCACUAUUGACUCUGGAGGAGGCAAAGGACAAAAUCAAGGGGAAACUUCAGAGCGAGGUCAAGAAUCUUCGUGAACAUCAGGAUGAUUGCACAAAGAAACAGCUGAGCCUAAAGCAACAAGAAAGUGAAAUAAAGAGUCACAUCAAGGAGAUGAAGGAAGAACUGUCGACUGAGUUCUCCGGAUGGAGGAAGCAAUUGGAAGAAGAUGAGAAGACUGUACUGAAGAUGAUCGAUGAUGAGGAACAACGAGUGCUCUCCUGCAUCAAGAGCGAAUCUGACUCAUUGGUAGAAAAGAUGGAUAAUCUUCAACUAUUCGAGAAGGAAUCCCAAGACCAAGGCCAGAAGGAUGCUCUCUCCUUUAUUCAGGACGUGAAGCAGCUCAUUGCGAGAAUGAUACAAUCUGACGAUGAUGAUAGUGACGAUGAUGAUGAUGAUGCUGAUGAAGAUGGUGAUGAUGGUGAUUAUGAAGAUAAUGAUGAGGAAGAUAAUGAUUAUAGUGGUGGUGAAGAUAAUGAUGAUGGUGAUUAUGAAGAUGAUGAAGUGCCUGAGGACGCUGAUGAUGAUGACGAUAUUUUAUUGCCACAUGUCAGAAACACUAUAUCUCAGGAUAUCAGCGUGGACCUGUCCACCAUCACGGCUUAUAUCCAAAUGAAGAUGAACGAAUAUCAAAAGUACCAGGAAAGCAUUCCGGAAACUAUCAAUGAAAAAUCCCGUCAAUUGCACCAGUUACAAGUGCAAUCUUUGCUGCCAAAUGACGCUGCAUUGGACGACUGAGUUUCCCGAUACAAUGAAUGGUGCCUCGUCUGCCUUUGUGUGUGGAGUAUAGCAGCCUCUCUCAGGGAGUAGUUCAGGUUUGCUGUACAAAUCUUACCAGACGAGUGAAGAGAGAGAGAAAAAAAAGAUAGAGUGCUGGAGUAAUUCGGCAGGUCAGGCAGCAACUCUGGAGAACAUGGAUUGGCGACUUCUUGUGUCCCGACCUCACACACAUACAGGUGCGUACACACACAUGUAUGCACGCACAUACACACACACACACACACACACACACACACACUUGUAUGCACUCACUUACACACACACACAAAGCAUAGAUUCACACACACAUAUAGUACAAAUACACUAAGUAUAUGCCUAUCACAAACCAGACUUUGUCCAGCCCCUCUCUUCCAGCUUUCCCUCCCACCCACCCCACCACUAUCAAUCUGAAGAGGGGUCCCGAUCUGAAACGUCACCUAUCCAUGUUCUCCAGAGAUGCUGCCUGACCCGCUGAGUUAUUCCAGCACUCCAGAAUGUCUAAACUUACAUAUUUAGUUUAGUUUAGAGAUAGUUUAGUCACGGGGAGAACAUGUCCCCGUCCCGUCCCCCCCCCCCCGUUCAUUAACCUUUUGCUACUCUUGGGCAAUGAGUUCAGAUUAGUUUAUUGUCACGUGUACUGAGAUAUAGUGAAAAGCUUUUGUUGCGUGCUAACCAGUCAGGGGAAAGACAAUACAUGAUUACAAUCGAGGCAUUUACUCUACAUACUGUACAUACAUGAUAAGGAUAUAACGUUUAGUGCAAGAUCAAGCCAACACAGUCCAAUCAAGGAUAAUCCGAUGGUCACCAAUGAGGUAUAUAGUAGUUCAGGACUGCUCUCUGCUUGUGGUAGGAUGGUUCAGUUGCCUCAUAACAGCUGGGAAGAAACUGUCCUUAAAUCUGCAGGUGUGCGUUAUCACACUUCUGUACCUUUUGCCCAAUGGGAGAGGACAGAAGAGAGGGUGACCAGGGUGAGAUUGGACUAUGAUUAUUUAGAAUCCUUGGAAUUUAGAAGAAUGAGAGGGGAUCUUAUAGAAACAUAUAUGAUUCUUAAGGGAUUGGACAGGCUUGAUGCAGGAAAAAUGUUCCCCAUGUUGCGAGAGUCCAGAACCAGGGGUCACAGUUUACGAAUAAGGGGUAGGCCAUUUCGGACUGAGAUGAGGAAAAACGUCUUCACCCAGAGAGUUGUGAAUCUGGAAUUCUCUGCCACAGAAGGUAGUGGAGGCCAAUUCACUGGAUGUUUUCAAGAGAGAGAUUUAGCUCUUAGGGCUAAUGGAACCAAGGAAUAUGGGGAGAAAGCAGGAAAGGGGAACUGAUUUUAGAUCAGGAAGAACAAAGAAGGGAAGAGAUUGAACUUUUUUUCACCUUCCAUUACAGUGUGGAAUGUGGAGGAGUCGCUGUGGUGGAUUUUUGUUAAAAUGAUCACUUGCAAAAAUUUAUCUCCUGGUAUUAUUAGACUAUCUAAUAGUACCACCAGGGGGUGCCGCAUGAUGGCUGCCUUGCCUACGGAUCUGUCUUUUUGUACUUUUUUGUUAUUUUUGGGUGUUUUAAAAGUUUUAUGUUAAUAUUCUCAGGUUUGUUUUAUGUGGGGUGUGGGGGAGUGGGUUGGAGGAAACUUUUUUUUCAUUCUCUUACCUUACCGGAGAUGCGAUUGUUUUCCGGAUUGUAUCUCCGGUUGCUCUGCGGCUUAACAUCGUGGAGCUGGCAGCCUUGCUCGGAACUGAGCCUCACCGCUGGGAUGUGGACUUACCAUCGGAGCCGAUCCCUUACCUGGGAUCGACGCUCCAACCACGGCCUGUGGAUAUCACCAUCGAGGAGCUCGCAGUCUCGGGCAGCGACCAAUGUCGGGAAGCUCCAGUCACAGAAGGUUUUGACCAGCCCUGACCCGGGGUCAGAUCACCCGGCGCGGGGGAGCUGAGAUUCCACCCCGAUGCAGGAGCUUAAUCGCCUCAAUGCGGAGGGCCCGGCCACCGGCCAUGGGAGCCAAGAUCGCCCCAUCAACGGAAGGCUCGAAGCCCCCGACAGCGGGAGAACAAAGAAGGGAAGAGAUUGAACUUUUUUUCACCUUCAUCACAGUGAGGAAUGUGGAGUCACAGUGGUGGAUGUUUAUGUUAAAAUGUAUUUUGUGUGUUCUGUUGCUUUUUAUUGGUAACUGUAUGGCAAAUGAAAUUCCUUGUAUGUUGCAAAACAUACUUGGCUAAUAAAGUAUGAUUAUGAUCUAUGCAAGCUGUUGAAGAUUCCAUUAAUGCUGCCUGUAUCUGAGUUAAAUGCUGCCAAUUGUCUCAUUGACUGCCAAAUAAAUAAUGAUAACUGACUCCUAGGGGUUGUCUUUGUGGAGUUUCCUCUUUUUUUCCUGUGGUCAUGUGGCUUUGCCUGUGGGUGCCAUAGUGUCAUAGAAUGAUACAGCAUGGAAACAGGCCUAACUUGCCCACACCGACCAACAUGUCCCAUCUGCACUAGUCCCACCUGCCUGCGUUUGGUCCAUAUUCCUCCAAACAUGUACGAUCCAUGUACUGUACCUGUCUAUCUGUUUUUCAAAUGUUGGGAUAGUCUUAAAUAGUGCUCUGAUUUCCUCCCAAAAACGUACGGUUUUGGAGGUUAAUCAGCCGUCUGUAAACUACCCCAAGUGAGUGAUAUUUGAGUUACCAAACAGCCACACUAAGUGAAAAACAACAACACACAGUCACAUAAAAUAAAAUUUAACAUCGACAACAUCC